CCUCAAAUAUAUAUUUGUAUAUAAUAAAUAAUAAUGAAUAGUUUUAAUAAAAACAGCAAUACAGAUGACAACAAAGGAAUAGUUUUAUAUAACGGGAUAACAACCACGACAGCAACAAAAGAAAUAAAAAUUGCCGGAUUUGGAAAUAAAAGAUUCACAGAAGAAGAAGCAAAUAAGAUACAAAAACUUUUAGAUACCCAACCAAAUAAAAUAGAAAGCAGACCAACAGCAGGAAACCAGAUAUCACAUUAUAUAACGGUAGACCAAGCAUUACAACAAGCAAACAAUAUAUUUGGUGUAAAUGGAUGGUCAUGCAAAGUUUUAAGUAUGUCUCAAGAGAGUUUUGUGGAAGAUGGUAGAAAUAAAUAUGUUUUUACAGCACAUGUUAAAAUAAUGUUACAGGAUGGAACUUUUAGGGAAACAAUUGGUUGUUCAAAUACUAAAAAUAUUACAGAUUUUGCAAAUGCUAAAAAAACAGCAAUUUCAGAUGCAAUUAAACGUUGCUUAAAAUUGUUUGGUGAUGCUUUUGGUAAUGGUUUACAAAAUUCAAACCCAAAGAUUAACUUUAAUAAUAAUAACAAUAAAGCAAUAACUCACGCCACAAAUAAUAAUAAUAUUGUACAUAUUAAAAACGAAUCAAUUACAUCAUCUCCAAUUUCCAAUUCACCACCACAAAUACAACAACAGCAAGCAAUUGCACAAAAACCUCAGGAUAAUGGUCAUUUAAAUGGAUCACCACCAGAAGCAACAGUUCCAUAUAAUAAUAAUAAUAAUAAUAAUAAUAAUAACAAUAAUAUCAAUAUCAAUAUCAAUAGUAACAAUAAUAAUAAAUUUAAUCCACCCAGACCAACCUAUCAUCCAUAUAACAAACCAAUAACUCUUUCUCCACCAAAACCUUUUAUUAAACCCACACUCCCAUCAAAACCACAACAAUUUCAGCAACCACCAUUAACUGAUGUUCAUAUUGACAUCAACAUAUAA